AAUACAGUAGAAGGUACACGUGCGAUCUCGUCGAUCCCCGCUCGUGUUUUGUAAAAAAAAUUUUAAACCAUUUUUGAUCUCGGUGUGACACGUGAGCUGCGGAUCCUCGUACACUGUACAGUGCGAAAAGAAAUAAUUUUUAAUUAAUUUCCAAUUAUUUUGAAAGUUCCGUUUAUUAAUUCACCACUGUAAAAAGGUGUCCUGUGCCCGCGUUGAACUCUCCGAAGCCGCACGAGAGGCGAGCGCUGUAAAUUGCCGGAAAAAUUGAAAGAAAAUAAAAACUCGGUUUAAACGAUCUGCUACUAACAAUGUGAACGGUAUUGUACAGCAGGUUGAAAUUAGACGUGCGUAUAAUCGGUGGCCGCCGACUGCAGUGUAAAAGGACCGAUCAUCUCCGCGUCACGGAAGAAGUCAAGAGUUGUCUUAUAGACUUUUGUAACGGAUUAGCCGCUGCCGUAUAAACUGGAGAACGUUCCGUACCCGCGCGUUCUACGUUUCUUCUACGUUACACGACGGUAUCCAAUCUACUCCACCAGAUACAGUGUCUCGUCCGCUUAGAAAAGUUGUUGGUACACACGCGGUUUGUUUUAAACUUGAGAAGCUAACCGUUGAUCCGAAGAUGACACUCGUCCGCUAACAGGUAGCGAGGUGAGCCUGCCGCUAGUCCGUCUGUACGUCGGUUGCGGUGACCGAGUGAAAGAAAACUGGUAUACAUAUACUCGUAUGUAUGUACACACAGGUGGCACAUAGUUAUAUCUUUGGAUGACCGAGUGACUCAAAGUGCAUCGCACUCGACUUUUCUUAUAUAUGUAUACAUAUUUGUGAAUAAGACGUACGUGUACGUACAUCGGGUGGUUACAUACAAUAUACGUACGCGUGAUGUGCAUCACCUGUUCGUAGGAUUUUCCAUCGAUUAAUUAUCGAUACAAGCGACAGUGCCGUGCGUCGGGACAACGAAUUGUGAAAAGUAAGACUGAUUUCGUGUGGUGGAAUUUUUUUUGAAAAAUUUUUAAAAAGGAUUAUCGAAUGAAAUUCACCACCGAGUGAUUCAACAUGACCGUAGCCAUGGAACACAAACGGAAGAGCUCGUGGGAUUCUAAGAUUUCCGUCAGCACGGUGAGCACGAGGAGAUUCAGUAGGGCGGGAACACCGAGUUCUAUACUGUCUUCGGACAGCGACAUCCGAUUCACGAGAAAACUCGGUGGACAGUACAGAUGCGGAUGCUGCGUCCUGGCCGCAUUUUUACUAUUCAUGCUGUUCUCCGGUGUGGCGAUCUAUCUGGGAUACACAUUCCUCAGCGCCGAUCCGCCGGACGAUCAAGUAUUUUUGGCAACAUUUCGGGUGAUCGCCGGUGACGUUUUCGUCAGCGAUCUGUCCGACCCGUCGACCGAGGCGUUCCGGGUCCGAUCGAGGGAAUACAGGAACCGAUUGGACUUGGUUUUCAGCAGGAGUAGCCUCAAGCAUUAUUUCGUGGCGACGGAAGUCCUCGCCCUUGACGGGGUCGACGGCCGUGACCUAGUGGUCCACAUAGAGGUGAUAUUCGAUCCCCGGUAUCGUACGAUAACCGCGUCCGAAGUCACCGAGGUACUAGCCCAGGAGAUAUCGCCGGGUUCGAGAAAAUACCUCGGCAAUUUAACGGUCGAUCCGAAGAGUCUCGAGGUACAGGAGAGCCGUGAAGCCCUAACGGCCGAAGUCGUCCUACAGACGACCUCGUCGACGCUACCGACGACAACGACGACACCCCCGCCACCCAGAAGAUGCUCCAAACUCGAACUCGAUUACUGCAAACAUCUUCCGUACAACGUCACCUCAUACCCGAACGUCCUUGGUCAUCGAUCUCUUCAGGACGUUCAAAAUGACGUCAUAGCUUUCAGGGAGCUCGUGGACGCGGAAUGCUACCGUCUGGCAUACGAUUUUAUUUGCCAAGUACUCCAGCCGUCUUGUUUACCGGGACCGAACGAGGACAGACUUUACGUACCCUGCCGAUCGUUUUGCCGAGAAUUUUGGACGGGAUGCGGCAAUCGUUUGCCCGACAGGAUACGCGAGGCAUUGGAUUGCGAAAAUUUUCCCGAAUACGCCGGACCGGGAAGCUGCAAACCGAAGCCAGGCUGCGUUCGGGAUCUUCAGGCGCGCGCUUUGUCGCCACGUUUGUGCGACGGUGUGAUCGACUGUCCGGAUCUUUCCGACGAGAAAAGUUGCUCGUACUGCCCCGAGAAUAGUUUACACUGCGGUAUAGGAAGGGCCUGCAUACCGAGGAGUAAGAGAUGCGACGGAUCGAUCGAUUGCCCGAACGGCAGCGACGAGAAGGACUGUCUCACUUUGGCGACUAGCUUGAAUUCGUUGAGAUUACAGCCGGCCGACACUCCCCACUACGCCAAUUACAGCAGGGAAGGUUACGUGGUGUUCAACGAAAAGGGCAGCAUUGGAAAGCUCUGCACGGAAAACCUGAAUUCUUCGCUUCCGCCGCCAGAAAUGGAGAACGUUCUCCAAACGGCUGCUAGCUCUCUCUGCAGUCUUCUUACUUACAGCGGCGUCGAGUCGAUAGAGAUAAAAAUAGACGAUGAGGACGACGUCCAGUACGUCCACAUGCAGGAUCCCUCGGCUUCGGAAAUCACCUUCGUUCGCGCUCCCUGCCCGAGCCGAGAAGUAAUGUACGUGAGGUGCUCGGAUUUAGAGUGCGGAGUACAAGCGAUGAGGGGAAAGGGCAAGGGUCAAAGUUUGGCUAAAAUGGCAGCCCCCGGCGACUGGCCCUGGCACGUGGCGUUAUUCAAACAGGAAGUUCACGUGUGCGACGCGACCCUGGUGUCCGCCGGAUGGCUUUUGACGACCGGUUCGUGUUUUCAAGGGCAACCGAAAGCCGAGUGGCUGGCGAGACUCGGCACUGUGAGACUUUCCAGUUCUUCGCCCUGGCAGCAAGAGCGGAGGAUCGUGGGGAUGGUGAAAUCCCCCGUGGAGGGUAGCGGCACGGUUUUGCUGAAACUCGACCAACCAGUUUCGGCGUUCACCGAUUUCGUAAGACCAGUUUGUCUGCCGUCCGACAACGACCCUCUGCCACCUGCGAAUUUGUCCAACUGCAACACCCUCGGAUGGGCGAGAAAUCGUGACCUUUUGCAAAGGGUGCAGCUUAGGCACAGCGCGAUGCCACGAUGUGAAAAUAUCAGCAUCGCUUCGGUUAAUAGCAUCUGUACGGAACCGGCCUACUCGAACGACGAUUGUAACGAAGAAGAAGUUGCCGGAAGUCCGAUGCUCUGUCUUCUCGGAGACGGUCGAAGAUGGGCUUUGGCAGGUGUCGGAAGUUGGCGGAUAGCCUGUUCGAAAGCAGGAGUCGAAAGGCCCAGACUUUACGAUCAGAUUUCGUCGAACGUUGCCUGGAUCAGAUCGACGAUCAGCUGAAUGAUUCGGUGACGGUGAAAAUCAGCCGACGAGACGCCACAAUUUCGUCAUUUUUUUUUUUUUUUCUCACGACUACCGGUGCAAGAAGCAUUGACAUUUUUUUUUUUUUUAUUUUACAGAAGACUAUACGAAUGACUACGAGUUAGGAAGAAAAUAAAAUGAAUAAUAAAAAAAAAAAGAAAAAACAAACAAAAUGAUCCAUAUGUGAUAAAACUUGUAUACUUUUUUUCGUUCUUUUUCUAUUAUUACUAUUACUAGUAUCUCGUUUUAUUUUAGAAUACUUAUAAUUGUUGACGUUUUGCGUUGAAAUUUCAACGUUGAUUAUUAUCGUUAUCGAAUUUAUUUAAUUGUAAAUAUAUCCAUGUAUUCCGGUAUUCGCUUUAGUUAUUAAUUAUUAGAGGUAAUGAUGAAAAAAAAAGAAAUAAUUAUAUGAAGAGAGAAAAAAAUUACGUAUAAACGUACAAUUAUAGGUAAAUAUAUAUGAUUAAGUAAAUAUAUGAUUCAUUAUUUUAUACUCUGUACAAAUUGUUCCAUAAUAUAUUACAACGAUUUAUUUGAA